AUGAAGAAAAAUUGUGUCAAAGUUUCAGGACAAUUGCUUCCACCUGUUUUCGACUUACCCGAUGAUUGUUGGCAAGUUAUCUUCAAAUUUUUCAACAGUGAUGAAAAACGUCGCUGUUUGAAGUCACUCUCACUCGUAUCCAAACACUUCCUCUCCCUAACAAACCCUUUUCACAUCUCUCUCAAUGUCCAAAUACUUGACCUGAGUAACACUGCACUCCAGUUUUCAAGAGUGAAUGUGAAGCUAUAUGGAAUGUACUUUGAAUUUUCCAAAUUGGAGGUGUUGGACUUAUCCCAUACAGAAGUCUAUGACGAAGAACUCUACGUAAUCUCACAGGCUUGUCGUGGGCUUUUACAACUCUCAAUGAACAAUUGUCUACGGGUUACAGACAAGGGAGUGAAGCAUGUGUUAGAAAACUGCACACAAUUAAGAGAGAUCAAUAUAGCAUUGUGUCGUAAUGUACAUCCUACCGUAGUUGCCUCAAUGGUAUUUUUAAGGCCAUCGUUGCAAAAAAUAACAGUACCGCCUGGUUGUAUUUUGAGCGACACGGAGAAGAAACUUUUCAAGCUUCAAGGAUGCCUUGUUUGUUAG